CAAACAUAUACUCCGAGAAUUCAGUAGUAGACAGAAAAAGACAAAGGAAAAAAAUAGCGGGAGUGUAAAUGCAAGCAGUAGUGGUGAUGGCAUCUCAACCAGUAAUCAAAGUCGCUGGGCUCUGCGGUUCCCUCCGUAAAGGUUCCUAUAAUCGUGGUCUCCUCCUUGCCGCGAUGGAGAUAUGCAAGGAUUCAAUAAAGGGAAUGGAGAUUGAGUACGUCGACAUAUCGCCGCUGCCGUUUCUGAACACUGAUCUGGAGGUCAACGGAACUUAUCCUGCCGUUGUCGAGGCUUUUCGUAAGAAAAUUGAAGAAGCAGAUUGUUACCUUUUUGCUUCUCCCGAGUACAAUUACUCCGUCACUGGACCCUUGAAAAAUGCAAUUGAUUGGGCAUCUCGACCUCCAAAUGUUUGGGCUGAUAAAGCAGCAGCAAUCGUGAGUGCUGGAGGUGGCUUUGGUGGAGGACGAGCACAAUAUCACCUUCGACAGAUAGGAGUCUACCUUGAUCUUCAUUUCAUUAACAAACCUGAAUUUUUCCUGAACGCGUUCCAGCCACCAUCGAAGUUUGACAGUGAUGGUGUGCUGACAGAUGAAGAAACCAAGCAGAAACUCAGGGCAGUUCUCUUGUCCUUACAGGCAUUUACCUUGAGACUCAAAGGCAAGUGUGAAUAGCUUCUUCCGGUGAAUGUGAUCCAUUACGGGAUGGUGAAAAUUGUCCCCAGUCAAUGUUUCCAGCUCUCAGUGGGGGGAAAUUUCUUGUACUUGGUGAUUUGAAACAUCUUUUCAGUUGAUUUGUUAUGUUAGCACUUAGCAGGGAUGGAAUCGUAUGAAAGUUUCAUGGACAUUGAUGAAUAAUGGCUGGAUAAAUAAAAUCUCUGUCUAUGAGUAUUAGCUAUUUUAAGAUUA